CUUCGAAAUACGCGUUAAUUGAUUUUAAAUUGAUUUUAUAUUGAUUACCUAGAGGUAUUCAUUUCUAAUUCAAUUCACGUCCGGCGUCAUUCCCCAAUUACACCUGCUCUCAUAUAAAUAUAACAACACCAGCAAAACAAUGCCAGCAGCAAAGCCGGAAGAGAGAGGCGAGUCUUCGACCUCAGCUGCUAAGAAGGCUUUAACAGGCGCUUCUAGCAGUAAUGCCACUUACGAGUUGCCCUGGGUAGAAAAAUACAGACCAGUCUUCCUCGACGAUGUAGUAGGAAACACAGAGACUAUCGAACGGCUGAAGAUCAUCGCCAAAGAUGGAAAUAUGCCCCAUGUUAUCAUAUCGGGGAUGCCCGGUAUUGGAAAGACGACAAGCGUGCUGUGUCUAGCCCGCCAACUUCUCGGGGAUUCCUACAAGGAGGCGGUUUUAGAACUUAACGCCAGUGACGAGCGAGGUAUCGAUGUGGUCCGAAACCGAAUCAAGGGCUUCGCGCAGAAGAAAGUCACACUUCCAGCAGGCCGACACAAGAUCGUCAUCCUUGACGAGGCCGACAGCAUGACUUCCGGUGCGCAGCAGGCGCUGCGACGCACGAUGGAAAUCUACUCCAACACGACGCGAUUCGCCUUCGCGUGCAACCAGUCGAACAAGAUCAUCGAGCCGCUGCAGUCGCGAUGCGCGAUCCUACGAUACGGACGGCUCACGGAUGCCCAGGUGGUCAAGAGACUACUUCAAAUCAUCGAGGCGGAGAAAGUACAGUACAGCGACGACGGAUUGGCGGCGCUCGUAUUCAGUGCCGAAGGCGAUAUGCGACAAGCCAUCAACAACCUGCAAAGCACGCAUGCGGGUUUCGGUUUCGUCAGCGGCGACAACGUCUUCAAGGUGGUGGAUAGCCCUCACCCUAUCAAGGUGCAGGCCAUGCUCAAGGCAUGCUACGAGGGCAACAUAGAUAGCGCUCUCGAUACCCUGCGGGAGCUCUGGGACCUCGGAUAUUCCAGCCACGACAUCAUCUCCACCAUGUUCAAGGUCACCAAGACCAUACCCACCCUCAGCGAACACUCGAAGCUCGAGUUCAUCCGCGAGAUCGGUUUCACCCACAUGAAGAUCCUCGAGGGCGUCCAGACUCUGCUGCAGCUGAGCGGGUGUGUGGCCCGGUUAUGCAAGAUCAAUAUGGAUCCCAAGCGGUUUGAGACCAAGGCGAAAUAGAAAGAAUAAGCGCAUGUCAGUUAUAUGGGAUUAUUUAAAAGGGGAUGAAGAAGAUGUUGAUAUGAAAAGAAAUGAAAAGACAAAGAGAUUAGCGAAAUGGCACGGGGAAUUUUGCAUGGCAUUGCGCUGGCGUUUUACGAAGUCACGGUUCCCUGGUUUCUUCUUUUAAAAAGCUGGUUAGUACAGGAGGAGUGUCGAGAAUAACAAAAUUCGAGGCAUUGUCUUCAUGCUUUUAUAAUACAGAUGGAUGCAUGGCCUAAUGGCACGGAAUCAUGGAAUACUACCCUGCUUUUGCUUAUAGCAUAUUGCUUAUUGCUUCUGAUGA